UACCUGGAUCUCUGGGUUAACAUUCCAGCAAUAAUACCAGUAGGCUGUCACCUCCCCAAGAUGCAGAAUCAUAUGGAUAAUUUUAAGGGUAUCCACCUUGAACAGGAUUUGGAGAAUAGCCGCAAUCUUCCUGGUAGGAGCAGUUCACCAAGAGGAAGUCUUUCACCACGAUCUCCUGCAAGUGGUUUACAAAUUCGUUAUGACCAGUCAAGUAACAGUGUCUUGGAGAAUCUGCCACCAGUUGCAUCGAGCAUAGAACAGUUAUUGGAAAGGCAGUGGAGUGAAGGGCAGCAGUUUCUUUUGGAACAGGGCACUCCUGGAGAAGUUAUGGGAAUGUUGAAAUCACUACACCAACUUCAAGUUGAAAAUCGACAGCUGGAGGAGCAAAUUAAGAAUUUGACAGCUAAGAAGGAGCGCCUCCAGCUACUAAAUGCUCAGCUUUCAGUCCCAUUUCCUGUCAUGAAUUCAAAUACCAGUCCAACAACUCCAAUACACCCAUUCACUGUACAAACCGUUCACCACGCAACUUCCUUGCACAGCAGCAAAGGUUCCCAUCUGAGCAACAGCUUUCUGCCUGAAAAUUCACUUCCAAUACCAACCCAGGAACGGGCUUGCAGUGGACAGAGUACUAGCAGUUCUUCUCUCGCUAGUCCACCGACAACUGGACAGAGUCCAGCUCUGCAAGGAUCAGGAAUUCAUCAGGUUAAUUGUAUGUCAGGAGCACUAGCUAGCGGUAUGCAGACUAUGGCCUCCUCCAUCCCCACAAUGUCUUCAGUAGGUGGGUUAAUGGGAACUUUACCAGGAAAUCAACUAGCAAUAAAUGGAUUUGUGGGUACUUUAAAUGGAGUUAUACAGACUCCCAUCUCAAUAGCGCAAAAUGCAAGUCCGCUAACGCAUGCAGCUGUACCACCUAAUGUGAGUGUUCCAUUGUCUACCAAUCUAAACAACAGUGUGCCAGGAAUGAGUUUACUUUCUGAGCAAAGACAACUGUUAUUUCACCAACAGCAACAACCACUUCAACAAUUGUUGCCAUCCCAGCAGCUCACUCCAGAACAACAUCAAGCUCUGUUUUAUCAGAUAAUGCAGCAACAGCACCACCACCACCACCAUCAUCAACAACAUGAGCUACAACAGCUGCAGAUCACUGGAACAGCACCAAUCCCUAUAAAUAACCUACUGGCAAAUGCCCAAACUCAACCACUUCACUCAGCCCAUCCCAAUCCUUUCAUAUCCAUUCAUAAUGAAACUUGCACACCAAAAGUUGCAAGGCUCAGUGACAAAGGAAGUCCUGUUACACAGGAAAAGAGUUGACACAGGAUUUGUAAAUUCCAGAACGUCUAUCCCAUUUUCACAGCAAUUUAACCAAUGGAAUCUUACUCGUGUGGUUGGAGGACCUUAAAGGAGAGUGGCAAAUACACUGAAAGUCACCAUAUAUGAACAAGUACCCCAAAUAAUUUUGAUAAAUGCUCCUAUAUCACAACAUUUGGUUUACUAAUCUUGCAGCUUGAUUGCACUAAUAUGAAACUUCUCUCAUUUAAGAGACAUUAGACAUGGAGCAAUCCGAAAAAUGAACCUGUUUUCAAAUUCAUUGGUAAAACAUGAAUCAUUUGGUUUUGUGCUUGUCUUGAACUGUUUAGAUGGAAGUAAAAUUAUGAUUUUUAAAUAAAACCUAGAUAUCUUUUAAAUUACAAAUGCAAGUUACAUUGCAAAAAAUUGCACCUAGUUCUGCAGCUGUGACAGGCAGGACUUGAAAUUUGCAUCACUUCAGUUCUACAUUGCAUGCAUUGUGUGUUGUGUCCUGUUCCUUUGCUGUGAAUGUGGUAUGCUUCCAGGACCACUGCUGGCAUAGCUAGUCAGUUGUGGUGCAAUAGGCUUCUGAGAUUUCUUUGGCUGCUGGGGGACAAGAUCAAUCUAUAAAGUGGAAGAAAUGGAUUAGCCUGCCACCGGGGAAGAUUCCUUUGAGGGAUGUGUUGGCUGUCAGCCUAACCAAGUGCCUGUUGCUAGGUCCAUUGUGAAAUAACUCCAGACAGCUGAGUAUGCACACAAUCACUAUUCCUGUCACAGCAGCAGGAAUUUCCAAUAGUACAUAGUCUUUCUUCUUGGAGGGAAUUCCCAGCUCUCUAUAUGGCUGAACCAAUUUGAACAAUCUGUUGUCUGACCCCCUCCACAGAUCCAACUGUAAGAGUAUUUGAACUAAUAAAUCUCGAGGUUGAAUGUUGCACAGUUUGUACUUCAUCUAUAAAUAUUCUUUGGUGAAUUUGAGUAAUUGUGAGGAAAAAUGAAAUAUAAAACCUAAAUAUUUUGGUUUAUAAUAUUUCUAAUUGGCAGUUGUGCUGUUGACUGGAAGAGUAUUGUUUUAUUAAUUUAUUUUUAUACAUGCAAGGGAAUUUUAGAAGAACAUUAAGACCAACUGGAUUUUGUAGAUAAUUGCAAAGAAAAGUCAGUGUGGUUCAUUUUAGAUUCUUAUUUUCAACCCACUGGUUGUUCUGUAUCAAACUUUGUACAGAUUUUGAAGAUAUUUGCUGUAGUGUUUAUUUUACUUAGUUGUAAAAUAUCAAAUGUAUUAAAGAAUGAUAUAUAAAACUCUCUCA